AUGGCAUCCUCUUUCUUUUCGGAAUUUGGCCUUCUGUGGUACCUGAAGGAGCUCAGCCGGAACGAGUUCAACAGUUUUAAGGAGAAACUCAAGCAAGAGACUCUGCACCUGGGGCUCCAGCAGAUCCCCUGGGCUCAUGUGAAGAAGGCAACCCGGGAAGUCCUGGCAACCCUGCUGGUCAAGCAUUACAAGGAAGCACAGGCCUGGGACGUGGCCUUCACCAUCUUCCAGAAGAUCAACCGGGAGGACCUCUGCCAGAAGGCCAGGAGGGAGUGUGCAGGACACACGAAGACGUAUCGCGCUCACGUCAAGGAGAAAUUCAGCGAGGCCUGGUCCCGAGACAGCGUCAGGCGGUGUUGCGGGUACGUUGACAAGGAGCUCACCCAGAAAGAGCGCAGAUGCCUGGAGGUCCUCUUUGCUCCCGAGGAGCCCAGGAAACGGACGGUGAUCCUUACGGGGGCUCGGGGGGUGGGGAAGACGACGGUCCUGGCGAAGCUGAUGCUGGCCUGGGCGGAGGACUCGCUCUACCAGCGGAAGUUCUCCUACGUGUUCCACCUCUGCUGCCGGGAGGUGAGGCAGGUGACGGCCACCAGCCUGGCCGCCUUGAUCUGCAGGGACUGGUCCGACUCCCUCGCCCCCAUCGCGGAGAUCGCCGCCGAGCCCGAGAAGCUCUUGUUCAUCCUCGACGGCUUCGAAGAGCUCAUGUGUGACUUGGACGGGCCCGAGUCGGACCUCUGCAGCGACUGGAUGGCGCAGCGGCCCGUCCAGGUGGUCCUGAGCAGCCUGCUGAGGAGGAAGGUGCUCCCGGAGUCCUCCCUGCUCGUGGCCACGGCGCCCGCGUGCACACGGUUCCUCGAGCGCAGGCUGGGCCACGCGGAGGUCGAAACGCUCCUGGGACUCACGGAGGACGAGAUGCUGCUGAGCUUCAGCUGCACGUUCCGGAAGAGGUGGAGAGGCGCGGAAGCCUUCCGUUUCAUCAGGAGCAACAGGCAGCUGCUCUCCCUGUGCCAGAUCCCCGUCCUGUGCUGGGCCACGGGCGCCUGUCUGAGGCGGGAGAUGGAACGCGGGAAGGACCUGGCCCUGACGUGCCGGCGGGCCACCUCGCUCUAUUCCUCGUUCGUCUUGAACCUGUUCACGCCCAGGGGGGCCCGCUGCCCGGAUGAGGAGAGCCGGGCCCGGCUGCGGGGCCUGUGUUCCCUGGCGGCCGAGGGCAUGUGGAGCGACACGUUCGUGUUCGGGGAGGAGGAUCUCCGGAGAAACGGGCUGGCGGACUCUGACAUCCCCGCCCUGCUGGACACCAAGGCCCUUCGCCGGGGCGGGGGCCCCGGGGGCGCCUCGUACACCUUCCUGCACUUGUGCAUCCAGGAGGUCUGCGCCGCCCUGUUCUACUUCGUCAAGGGCCACGCCGCCCACCCGAGCCCGGCGGUGGGCCGUGCCGAGGCCGUGCUGGCGGCCCACAUGAAGAGAACCAAGGCCCAGUGGGUCUUCCUGCCGUGCUUCCUGUUCGGCCUUUUGAACGAAGAGGAGCAGCGGAAGCUGGGUGCCUUCCCCGGCGCCCGCCUGGGCCAGGAGGAGGUCCGGCGGGCCGUGGAGCAGCACCUGCGGGGCGUCCCCCGCGGGCAGCUGGACGGCCUGGUGCUGUACUACUGCCUGUUCGAGAUGGAGGACGAAGCCUUCGUGCGCUGGGCCGUGGACCUGUUCCCGGAGGUGUCCUUCCUGAUCAGCGACCCCAUGGACCUGAUCGUCCUCGCCUACUGCUUGGCACGCUGCUCGGCCUUGAGGACACUUGGAUUUUCCAUCCAAAAUGUCUUCGUAGCCACCCCCGUGACAGGGUACCAGCUACUCUAUUGGAAUAACAUCUGCUCCGUGCUCACGGCGAGCGAGAACCUCGAAGAACUCCGAGUGAGUGACAGUAACCUCCCCGGGCCGGCCCUGGUGACCCUGAUCAAUCAUCUGAAGCACCCCAGGUGUCGCCUGCAGAUACUUCGGAUGAAUAACGUUUCCUUCUCCGCUGAAAGCCGGUGUUUCUUUGAGUUGUUCAGUCAGAGCCCCGUGUUAAAACACCUGGAUCUCAGUGGCACAAGAAUCUCCCAUGAUGACUGCAAGUUGCUGUGUAAUGCCUUGAACAAUCCUGCGUGCAACAUUGAGAAGUUACUGCUGGCGGGGUGUGGCCUCUUAGCGGAUGAUUGUGAAGGCUUCAAGGAGGUCCUGAUGAGGAGCACGACGCUGAAGAUUCUUGACUUGUCCUACAACUGCGUGGGCAACGGGCUGUCCCUGUUGUGUGAAGCCCUGUGCCUCCCAGCUUGUGCCCUGAGGGGCUUGGCGUUGGUUGGCUGCCAACUCAAGGAAGCUUGCUGGGAACACCUCCGUGACGUUGUCCUGGGUAACAGGAACCUGACCCACCUAGACCUCGGCAUAAAUGACAUGAAAGACGAAGACUUGAACCUUCUCAGCGAGGCCUUGAAACAGCCAUCCUGCUCCCUGAAGUCACUAGGUUUGUUAAACUGUUCCAUAACUGCCAGUGGCUGUCGGAACCUCGCCUCCAUCCUCACGGGAAACCCAAACCUGAGAAUUCUGCAAAUCGGGUACAACAACAUAGAAAAUGAAGGCGUGACGCUGCUGUGUGAAGCUCUGCUGCAUCCCGACUGCCGCUUAGAGAAGCUUGGGCUGGGUGCGUGCCAGUUGACCAGCGCCUGCUGUGAGGACCUCGCUUCUGUUCUCACCGGCAGCCGAUGCCUCAAGGAACUCCACCUGGCCGGGAACCCCUUGGACCGCCGCGGGGUGCAGCUGCUGUGCGCCGCCCUGAGGCACCCGGAGUGCGGGCUGCAGGCUCUGAGGCUGAAUAAAGCUGAGUUUGACGAGGAAACCCAGGAACUCCUGGUGGCCGAGGAAGAGAGGAUCCCCUGCUUGACCAUCACCCACCAGUGA